UUUGUGACUGCUUGUUGAUAUGUCUCUUCUCCAAAGGGUUGGAAGAUCCCCAUGGUUGUGGGGCUGUGUUCCUCUUACUCACCAGGUGUCUUGGGCACCUGACAUGGCGCUUGGCACAUGGUAGGUGCUUAAUAAAUGUUUGUUGCCUGAAUGAACGCAUGGCUGACCCAUCAUAGCUAGUUACAGCCAGUAUUUCAAGGACCUACUAUGUGCCAGGAACCAUUCUUAAUUCUUUACAUGUAAUAAAGUAAUUUAAUUCCUACAGAUUUAAUCCCCAUAGAUACAGUUAUCAUCCUAUUUUACUGAUCAAGACUCUGAGAGAGUCAAGUAACUUAAAAUCACACAGCAAGUAAGUGACAGUUGUAUAUGAACCCAGGGCAUCUGCUGUUAACCAGUAAGCUUUGCUGCCUCUAAGUUAAUCUUUCUAUGCAAGAGCCCACAAUGACAGCCCCUGCAGAGUUUGAGUGCAGUGUGUGUUUAGCAGCCAGGGAGUCUACAUGGAUCAAACAACACUGAACAGCUAUCCUGAUGGUGGGUCUGUAGAUGUUCUUCAGAUUGUUCUAGUGACUGGUGUAACAAGGUUGUUACACCAUGGGUAGGAUGAACUUCAGGCAUGGCUGGAUCUAGGGGUUCAAACAAUGUCGUCAGGAUUGUCUCUCUACUUUGUUCUUCUCCUCUUCCCUCCACUUUUAAGUGGGCCCUCUCUGCCAUGGGGCUGCUCACACCUGCCCUUGCUGCUCCAAACUUAAAUCCUCCCAGUUCCCAAGUCGAAUGGGCAGACGUGUCCUUCGCUCUAUAGUUCUGGUAGAGUCCAGGAAUUGAUUCACUGGCUGUGACUGGAAAUGAUUCUCUGAUUGGGCAGCUGUAGGUCACAGGCCAAUCCCUGAGCCUGGGAUGUACCACCCCAAUCUAAACUUCUGGGUGUGAGAGUGGAAUGGAGGGAAUCCUCAAGGAAAAUUGAGGUGCCGUUAUCAGGAGCAAGGAGGUUGGGUGCAGACAUCCAAUACACCUCCUGUUGGAAAACCAAAAACCAAACCAAACCUGUUGUCAUUGAGUCAAUUCUGACUCAUAGAAACCGUAUAGGACAGAGUAGAACUGCCCCAUAGGGUUUCCAAGGAACGGCUGGUAGAUUCAAACUGCCAGUCUUUUGGUUAGCAGCCAAGCUCUUACCCAUUGCACCACCAGGGCUCCUCCUAUUGGAAGGACAACAUUCAGUUUUCAGUCAUCUCAAGCAGAACCUGCCAAGAGACCCGAGACGAACCUGCUAGAACCUGCCUGUAUUAGCUCUCCCGGGUCUAGUCCAGUCAUUUACUGAUACCCACAGGGGAUAAGGACAGAAUGGCCUUUUCAAGACUGAGCUGAAAUCUUUCUGCCAUCAAAGAGUCUGCAGUUCAAAGAGGCAAAAUGAACAGCCACUGGGGUAGUCUAGGACGUUGUCAAGGGGCUUUCUUCGGAAGCUUUUUUAAAUAUGGAGCCCUGGUGGUGCAGUGGUUUAAAUAAAACCCUGGCGGCAUAGUGGUUGAGAGCUACAGCUGCUAGCCAAAAGGUUGGCAGUAGGAAUCCAUCAGGCACUCCUUGGAAACCGUAUGGGGCAGUAGAACCCUGUCCUAUAGGGUUGACUCUGACUCGGAAUUGACUUGACAGCGACGGGUUUCUUUUUUUGGGUUUUAACCAAAAGUUCAGCUGUUCAAGUCCACCAACCGCUCCCUAGAAACCCUAUGGGGCAGUUCUACUCUGGCCUAUAGGAUUGCUGUGAGUCAGAAUCAACUCAGACAGCAGUGAGUCUUUUUUUAUGGCGGCAGGAGAGUGGAGGGAGCCUCAAGCUAGCUCCUAGUAAUGUUUGCUGGGUGUGAAAAGCCAGCUCCCCCUCCUCUCAUGCUGCAGGCCCACAAGCAGGACAGUACUGGUACGGCUCCUUUCCAAGGCAGGGCUCUCAGCCCUAGAGUGUCUCUUUUUAGAACGUCCAGGACCAAGAGGGACCCAGUUGACCCCAGCCUGGUGGCCCAGCACACCAUGGCCUCUCCCACAGGUCCAGUAGCAGGUCAUCAUGGGGAGCCAGGGCCAGUGUGACCACAAAGGGCAGCGUGACCUCCUUGCAGGCAGGCAGCCCUGCCAGACACACCCCCUGGAGUCAGUCCACCCUUGGCUUCCACACCCCAUGUCCUCACAUCUCAUUUGGCAGAGGGGGUAACUCUGACUUCACUCUCCAGGCCACUCCCCUGUGAACACAGCAAAGGAGGUGGGGGUGCUUCAGGGGUAACAGAGGCCCAGGGUCAGUGGGGCUCACAUCUUCUCGGCUGGCAGAUUCAUUGCCCUGGCUUUGGGGACACCACCCAAGUCUUUGAGUCAGUGGGUGUGUGAGUGUAUUCACCCAUGUAUGGCUUUUUUCUUUCUUAGGGAGCCAGUAUAGUGUAGCAAUUAACAUUGUUAGCUCAGGAGUCAGGCGCCCCAAGGUUCAAAUACAGGCUCUUCGCUUCACUUGCUGUGUGACCCUGGGCAAGUUGCUGAACCUCUCUGAGCCUCAGUUUUUCCAUAUGUAAAAUAAAGAUAAAACGAGAUAAUGUCUAUAGGGCCGAAGCACAGAAUGAAUGCUCAAUAAGUGUUGGCCAUGCUGGUGAGAAUACGGAUCAGUUUGACUGCCUACCCAGCCCCUCUCCCACACCCUCUGCAGAAGUCUCCAGGGCAUCUCUUGGAAACCAUAAAGCUGAUAGGUUAGCAUGAGGAGGGGCUGUUAUGCCAUUGAUAGAUGACAAACUUUGGAGCUGACAGACGUGGGUUUCAAUCCCAGUUCCUCUGCCUGGAGGCCUGGGACAAGUCCCUUAACCUCUUUAUAUGAAUUUCCUAUGGCUGCUAUACCAAAUUGCCAUAAAAUCAGUGGCUAAUUUACUGUCUUACAAUUCUGGAGGUCAGCACGGGUCUUAUUGGGCUAAGGUGUAGCGCCCUUGAUUGACAGGGCUGUACUCCCUUCAGAUGUUCCAGGGGAUAACCCAUUUCCCUGCCUUUUCCAGCCCCUAGCUGCAGCCCACGUUCCUUGGCUUACAACCCCUUCCUCCAUCUUAAAAAGCCAGCAACAUUUAAUCUCUCUGAUUAUUCUUCCGUAGUCUCAUCUCCCUCCAACUUCUUCUUCUGCUCCCCUUUUCCACAUUAAAGCAUCCUUGUGAUUACUUCAAGAACCCCUGGGUAGUGCAAAUGGUUAACAUGUUUGGCUGCUAACAGAAAGGCUGGAGACUCAAGUCCACCUAGAUGUGCCUCGGAAGAAAUGCCUGGUGAUCUAUUUCUGAAAAAUCAGCCUUUGAAAACCCUAUGGAUCAGAGUUCUACUCAGACACACAUGGGGUCAUGAUGAAUCAGCAUCAACUUGACUGGCAACUGGUUAACUGGUUGGUUGGUGAUUACAUUGGCCUCCCCCCUGGGACAAUCAGAGAUAAUCUCUCUAUUUUAGCAAAUUUAAUCCCAUCAGCAACCUUAAUCCCCCUCUGCCAUGUAAGGUGACAUUCAUAGGUUCCAGGGAUUAGGACGUGGACAUCUUUGGGGCCAUCACUCCACCAGCCACACGCUCACUUUUCUCAUCUGUAAAGUGGCGGUGCUAGUCCUGACCUCCAGGGCCCUUGGAAGGGUUCCGCGAGAAUGUCGAGCAUGGUGGGCAGGGGCUCCGAGAAUGUUGGUUGAGUCUGCACUGAGCACCUACUGAACACACGUACUGCUGGCACACAGAGCUGCAGGGACAGGAGGCACCACGCAUGGUCCCUGCUGCAGAGCAUCUGGUGGUAUGACCACUGGGAAGGCUUACCCUUGGAGAGGGAAACAGGGGACAUUAAUUGUACCUGUGCUGGGUGGCCAGCUGCUCCACAGAGGGGAAAACCCUGAGUCAUCCCAGAGGGCUUCCUAAAGGGCUAGAUGAGACAGGAGGGAAGGGCAUGGGGGGGGCCCUCCUAGGUCACAGGGUGGACAUUGUCCAAGUAUUCAUUUAGCCACUGAAGUGUGGUAGAGACAAAGACACAGGGUCCUAGGCCCCAUCCUAGGUCUUGCUGGGCAAAUGGACCAGUAGUCCACAGUGCCACUGUGGUGCAGUCAGUGCUUUGAUGGGGAGACCCGUGGGAAGGCCACUGUGAGCACAGAGUGGGGCUCCUAACCCAGUCUCUGACAUUGUCAUUGUGAAUAAAGUGCUUCCAUGUGCAAAGCAAUUUGCACGGACAAUCUGAUUUGAUCCUCAGGACAACCCCAUGAGGUAAGUACUAUUGACCAGUUGCUGUCUAGUCUAGUCAGUUCACGGGGACCCUGUGUGUAUCAGAACAGAACUGUGCUCCACAGGGUUUUCAGUGGCUGAUUUCUCAGAAGUAGGUUGCCAGGCCUUUUUUCUAAGUUGCCUCUGGAUGGACUUGAACCUCCAACCUUUGGUUAGCAGCUUAGCGCAUUAACUGUUUUCACCACCCAGAGACACCUGGGUACUAUUGCUGUCCCCAUUUUAAAGAUGAGGAAACUGAAGUUCAGAGAGGUUAAAUACUUACCCAAGAUCACACAGUACCUCUAUAGCUACGGGAUUUGAAUGCAGGCAGUCUGGCUUCUGGGGAAAGAAGUCUAGUUCUAGUUAUCGCUGGGAUUGGGGUCUAAGGUGAGGCAUGAAGGUGGAGGUGUAGGUGGCACAAGGAAAACUCCCAGGCAGAUGGGAAGAGUGUGUCUGGAAAAUGGGAGAUUGAGAGGGUUUGGUUCCUUUAGAACCUCAGAGAGUUUGGGGCCAGAAUACGAGUGUGAGGCGGGGAAUGGUGAGAGUCGGGCAGGGCCAGGUUUCACAGAGCUUGGUGGCCAUGGGGUGGAGUUUGGAUUUGAUUGGGAGAGCACUAGGGUGCCACUGAAGACUUUCUACAGGGUCCAUGACUGGACUGGGUUAACAGAGGGUGAAGGCAGCCUGAUUUCCCAGCAGAAUUCUCUGAAGUUAGAGGGAGGACCUCUGAAUCACUGUUCUGCAGUGCUGAGGUGGUUCACUGGUAGAAUUCCACCUUCCGUUCAGGAGACCCAGAUUGGAUUCCCUGCCAAUGCACCUCAUGCUUAGCCACCACCCGUAUGUCAGCAGAAACUUGCGUGUUGCUGUGAUGCUGAACAGGUUUCAGCAGAGCUUCCGAACUAAGAAAGACUACGAAGAAAGGCCCAGUGAUCUACUUCUGGAAGCCAACCAAUGAAAACCCCGUGGACCACAAUGGUCCAAACCAGAGGACCCGGAGGGAUUUGUUGCAUUGUGCAUGGGGUUGCCAUGGAUCAGGGCAUGGGAAUGGCGAGGUGACUCUACAAAGGCAGCUAAUAACAACAGUGCUGAGGGAAAACCUGCUUGCUGACGCCCUGGACAGAGGCCUGCUCGGGUUUGCUCCCAGCAGCCCGGCCUCUGCAGGAUGUGGUGACUUGGCCAUUUCCCGUUGCAAUGUCCUGUCACUGCCCCAGAAUCCCCCAGCACUCGGGGCCCAGAUCCCCCGCUUGAUAGCAGGACGCCAGCCAGCCGGGAGGGUCAAUGCCAUAGCGUUUGACCUUUGUCCCAGCAGAGAUUAAACCAAUUCUUAAUUAAUAGCCUGUAGAUCGUUACAUUGGCACAGCUUGCAAGUAAUUUAAGGCUUGUCUUCUGGAGGCUGGUCCAUAAAUUAUCCUUAAUUACCCAAAGGUCUUAUUUGGAAACACCACCUCAGUGACCUGCAGAUUUCAGAUUGAGGUAGGAAGGGGAUGCUGGAAGAGUUACCCUUAGAGAAAAGUUUGUCUUUCCUUUCCCAAAACAACUGCCGUGUUCUCACCUCUACCAGCAGUUCCCGGAGCCCCUUCCUGGCUGUGGCCUUGGCUGAUUACUUACACUUUUAGGCCUCAAGGACCCAUCUCCAAAAUGGGCUCAUAGUUCAGGUCCACAACACCUAACCUGAAACCCUUGAAGCUAGUUGUCCUUCUGAAUUCAGAUUUUCUGACUUUUUAGAAAUGUAAUAUAACAUGGAGCCCUGGUGGCACAGUGGUAAGAGCUCAGCUGCUAACCAAAAGGUCAGCAGUUUGAAUCCACCAGCCGCACCUUGGAAACCCUGUGGGACAGUUCUACUCUGUCCUGUAGGGUGGCUAUGAAUCGGAAUUGACUCCAUGGCAAAGAGUUUAGUUUGUUUUUGUUUUUGUUUAAUACAACACAUAGACCAUACACUUAGUCAAGUCCUCAGGAGAGUCUGGGGCAGCCUCCCAUAAUCGAACACAGUGAUACCCACAGCAGGGGGAUAAAGAGAUCAGACAUAGCCUCAUGGAAGUUCAGAUUAGGGCUUACCCCCAAAAGUAUGUGUCAAAAUUAAGGGAGGCAGGGAAGAGAGAUUUUAGAGCUUUUUCAAUUUUAGAAUGGAGGAUAAGAGGUUUAGGACUCACUACCGCACUCUACAAAGCCCCUGAAUAAAAACCAAAAACCCAAACCCAUUGCCAUUGAGUCGAUUUUGACUCAUAGUACCCCUAUAUGACAAAGUAGAACUGCCCCAUUGAGUUUCCAAGGAGUGCCUGGGAUUCAAACUGCCAAUCCUUUGGUUAGCAGCCAUAGCAUUUAACCACUACACCACCUUUGUUUCCCUCAUGAGUAAAUACUGGAAUUGUUAUUACUUUCCUCUAAAUCUGAUAUACUUUCUAGGGCCAUAUCAACUCUCUAGUCCUAUGUCAUAAUUUAGUCCACAGGGAGCUUGAUCGAAAUGCUAAGUCAUCCAGUGAUGUUGUAACAGAAAUACCACAAGUAGGUGGCUUUAACAAAGAGAAAUUUAUUUUCUCACAGUCUAGUAGGCUACAAGUCCAAAUCCAAGGCAUCUGCUUCAGGGGACAGAUUUCUUUAUAGGCUCUGGGGGAAGGUUCUUGUCAUCCAUCUUCCCCUGGACCAGGAGCUUCUCCGUGCAGGAACCACUCUGCUUUCCUGGUUGUGUGAGGCAAUGCCCCUCACCCCCACCCCCGCGUGGUUCCCUUUCUUUUUAUCUCUUAUAAGACAAAAGGUGGUGCAGGCCACACUCCAGGGAAACUCCCUUUACAUUGGAUCAGGGAUGUGACCUUAGUAAGGGUGUUACAAUCACAAAAUGGAGGACAAGUACACAAUACUGGAAAUCAUGGCCUAAUCAAGUUGACACGUAUUUUGGGGGGACACAAUUCAAUCCAUGCCAUUUUCAUAUCAACUACUUUUGCUUCCCUGCGUGUGUGUAGAGAACGGGUUUGCAGGCUGCUCUUAAUUUUUUUUUCUUAAUUAGGAAGAUGACGGGUGUCUGUUUAAAAUGUGCCGCACGUUUGACGUCAUAGAACGGGGGUUUCUCUGUUGGAGCCGUUUCCUGUUGCCCAGGGAAGGGCGGAAGGCUUGAAGCCUCAUGACUCAGGCCCCACUGGGUGUUGCCAUUGAGCACCCUCUGGGUACCCUCUGUGUGAUGGCCUUGCCAGCCCCAUGCUCAGCAGAGCCUCAAGCUUGGUUGAAUGCUCUUGCUGUCAUCAUCUUGAAAUUCUUAACAAUUGUUGAACAAGAGGACCACGUUUUCACUUUGCACAGAGCCCCACCAGUUAUGUGGCUGGUCCUCGUGAGAGUCAUCUGCGUGGGUUCUCAAUUUCAUCCCUCACAAUAACCCCUCAAGAGAAGUUAUUGCAUAACCAGAGACCAGUUGCUGUCAAGUCCGCUCUAACUCAUGGCAGCCCCAGGGUAGAGCUGUGCUCUGUAGGGUUGUCAUCGGCUGAAUUUUCAGAAGUAGAUUGCCAGGCCUGCCUUCUGACAUGCCUCUGGGUGGACUCAAACCUCCAACUCUUCAGUUCGCACACUCAGGGACUCAGGUUAUCACAUAGGGGAGGUAACAAUGUUUAACAAACAUUCACCAGGCACCUGGUUACUGAAAAGCAUGCUGGGAAUUUAGCCUGAGAGCCUACAUUCUAGAAUGUGUGUGUGGAGGAGAUGGAAGGAUAGACAGCUAGACAAUAAACAAGCAAACAAAUAACUAUUAUAAUUUCAGAUAGUGACAAAGUACUGUAAAGAUAAUAAAGUAGGGUGAUAUGAGGGAGAGUGACUUAAAUAUUAGCUUCAGUGUGUGCUAAACUGUGCCUUGCUAAACUGUCCCCUACAAGGGUCACUUGUAAAGAUCCGGAGUAGUUUACAGGUUUCCCACCCCCCUAUUUUUAGCCACAAGGCAGGGAAGACCCAAGUUAGUGAGGUCCAAGAAAGAGAGCCAGUAGGGGGCGACUCCUGGGCCCAGGUCUGCUUUCUCCUUUCUAGGGGACUAUUUACCCUUAAGCCCCCCAGAGCCACAGCUUCUGGCAGUAAACCAGAAGGCUGAGUUUGGGGGUCAGGUGGGUGAGGAGAGGGGCUGCUGUGAUUUCUCUGGGCAUCUUAAAGUCCUCCUGUGCCAGUUCUAGAAGAUUAGGCUUACCCUCUCAACUCAGUGACCUUUUCUUGCACUUUUGACCGUCCCCACACCAGCACAGGAUGGCCUGUUUCAGUUCUCCCCCCUCGUCCCCACAUGGGGAUGGGGGAAGCCCAGAGACGCCAAGUGACUCAUCCAAAAGCCACACAGCAAAUCAACAACAGAGCAGAGUCCAGCAGCUUUUCAUUCCAAAGGGCCCUGCCAAGGCCUCGCAGUCCAGGGCUCCUCUGGGAGCUUAGCUGUGGGAGCUUCUUGGAAUAAACGUGGCCCCUGCUUGGGGGCAUGGAGGCUGGUGGGCGGCUAGCGGGAAACUUUGGCAUCUGGUUCUACCUGGAGGCAGGCCCUCCAGCAUCCCCGCCUCGCUGAAGAGGUCCCUGGGCAAGAGGGAACUGGAAAGCGCUUCCCAGAAAGCCCAGUUCAGAUUGUCCUAUGGGGCCGGACUGAGAAAUGCCUGAAGGAGACAACGGAGGAGAUCCGGCAGAUGGGCACAGAGUGCCACUACUUCAUCUGUGACGUGGGCAACCGGGAGGAGGUAUACCAGACAGCCAAAGCUGUCCGGGAGAAGGUGGGCGACAUCACCAUUCUGGUGAACAAUGCUGCCGUGGUCCACGGGAAGAGCCUGAUGGACAGCGACGAUGACGCCCUCCUUAAGUCCCAGCAUAUCAACACCCUGGGCCAGUUCUGGACCACCAAAGCCUUCUUGCCGCGCAUGCUGGAGCUGCAGAACGGCCACAUCGUGUGCCUCAAUUCUGUGCUGGCGCUGUCUGCCAUCCCUGGCGCCAUCGACUACUGCACAUCCAAAGCCUCAGCCUUCGCCUUCAUGGAGAGCCUGACCCUGGGGCUACUGGACUGUCCCGGCGUCAGUGCCACCACCGUGCUGCCCUUCCACACCAGCACCGAGAUGUUCCAGGGCAUGAGGGUCAGGUUUCCCAACCUCUUCCCCCCGCUGAAGCCUGAGACGGUGGCCCGGAGGACGGUGGAAGCUGUGCAGCUCAACCAGGCCCUACUCCUGCUUCCGUGGACGAUGCAUGCCCUCAUUAUCUUGAAAAGCAUACUCCCCCAGGCUGCCCUCGAGGAGAUCCACAGAUUCUCAGGAACCUACACCUGCAUGAACACUUUUAAAGGGCGAACAUAGAGGCAGGACGCAGAAACGCACUGGAGGAGCCACGGAGCCUGAGAGGCCAUGGCACCUGGGCACCCACCUGCAGGCCUGUCCCUUGGCACACUUCUGCUAGGUAACCAGAACUGCGUCUGCCCAGAGGGAGAAUCCGGCUGCCUCCCAGGCCAACCCCAGGACCUUUGCACAUGCGUAACUCUGACCCUCAUGGGGAGGCAAGAAACCAGCCAACAGCCACCUGGACACUGUACAUUUCUAAUUUGGUAGAGUUUAUUGUUGAAUUGCUUCUCAAUUCUAACCAGCCUCAGCAGUGUGCAUAGACUUUUCCUGGGAGGGGCUGUCCCCAGAGGCCCUUCCUUCCCCUCCACAAUCCACUCACCCUCAGCUUACACAGACUGGUUGAACGGCAGGAAUGAAAAAUAAAGAGCAAUGGCAUUUGUGA